AUGGCCGCCCUCUCAAACUGCACCGGCAACGUCUACGUCCUCCCCAACAUCACCGACGCAGCCUGCGGCGCCCCAAUCUCGGGCAACAUCACCAGCGCCUUCGACUCCUGCUGCAAGGGCAACUCCCCCGUCAAGUACGAGAACGACUGCGGCAUCUACUGCCUGGCCCAGGAGCAGACUGUUGACGAGUUGACCAAAUGUCUGGAGCAAAAGAGCGGCACAUACUCCAUCUUCUGCAACAACCGCGGUAACGCGACCGCAACCGCUGCUGCGACUACUACCAAGGCUACCUCUACUGGUACCUCGACGGGCACUAGUGCGGCUAGCACUAGCUCAGGUGCUGCUGUGGCUAAUCAGCCUAUUUCGAAGACUGGGCUCGGUGUUAUCGCCAUGAUGUUCUGCUCUACCCUCAUGGGCAUUGUCGCCUAA